GAGCCGCUGUGUGUGUGUGUGUGUGUGUCUGUGUCUGGAGGAGACGGAGCGCUUCGGUGCCGAAGGUAACCGAGGACUAAGGCCGACAUACCGCUACUUUUCUACCUCAGCGGCUUAAGCGCUACAUCACAGUGAUGUCGGAUGGGCUUGUGCUCGGCGGUGAUGGGAACUUCAGCUCUCUCUGCCCGCACGGGAUCGCGUGGAUCUGGUACGGACUGGGAGAAUGUGCCCAGGAUGGCAGAGACAUUGCCAGUGUUGUUCUCGGGUUGCUGUCGAUAGUUUGCUUCAUGGUGUCUUCACUACCGCAAUACUACAGUUCCUGCAAGACAGGAAAUAUGGACAGCGCUCUGUCGAUUUGGUUCCUGUUAUUUUGGUUGGCCGGGGACUCGUGCAAUCUUAUUGGAUCUUUCUUGGCCGAUCAACUUCCACUACAGAAAUACACCGCAGUGUACUACGUCCUGGCAGACCUGUUAAUGCUGUCAAUGUACUUUUACUAUAAACUAAAGAAUAAAUCUAGGGCCAGUAACAGUGCACUGCUGAAUGCGGUCAGCAUGCUAUGUCUUCUGGGAAUUACAUCUUCCCUCCUUAGCCUCCCUCACUCAGCCCUAGAGGAUCGGACGCCUAUGGGGUUCAAAGGUCGGGCGCUGCUGGCCGUGGAGGAGGACAGUGGUUCGGUGCAGCCCUUCGAUACAAAGGAGAUUAUAGGCUUUGUCAUUGGAUCGAUAUCUUCAGUACUGUAUUUAUGCUCCAGACUGCCGCAGAUGUACACUAAUUUUCAGAGGAAGUCAACAGAGGGCGUGUCUUUUUUCCUAUUUGCUCUGGUGAUUCUGGGAAACACAACAUAUGGCAUCAGCGUGCUACUAAAGAACCCAGAUCCAGGGCAGGGAGAGGUCAGCUAUAUCAUUCACCACCUCCCCUGGCUCAUCGGCAGCCUGGGAACACUCUCACUUGACCUUAUCAUAUCUGUGCAGUUCAUGAUGUACAGCAAAUCUCCUCGGGAUUCUGCAGAUGGAGAUGAGGAGACCGCUGCACUUCUCCAUAACUGAACAAUUCCCAUUCCUGCUGUGACUGGAGGAAAUGCUGAACAUGGUUUUUUUGAGUUUCACAUUUCCACAGCCGCAGCUGACAGACAAAAAUCACUUUUUUUUUCUUCCUAAUAGUUUUAGGUAGAUUUUAUAUCAAUACCUUUCAUACCUAGCAGUGUCGGUGGUUAAAGACAUUUUUGUCUGAUGGUAAAUAAUUAAGUUUCUUAAUUGGUUUAAUAUUUGGCACCGAGAGGGACUUAUUGAAACACUUUUGUAAUGUUUGUACUGUACUUCAGAAUUCAGGUUUUUUUUUUACUACAAUGCAUGUAAUUGUGUAAUUUUUGUUAUGUACAGUGAAAUGAAUGCUGCAUUCGGCAGAUCUAGCGGUCUUUGACUAAGAACUGAAAAUGAUCUGUCUUCAGUCUUAGUACUGUAAUAAUGUUAUUAGGCUGUAUUUGUGCAAUCUAUUAUCAAAAAUAUUUGGUAUUGUAAAGAUGUUUUUAAUUUUUAUACUGUGGCCUUUGCACCUGUCAGUCAGUAGAUACCUUUUAUUGACGUUCUUAUUUUUAAGUCUUAUUUGAAGACUUGCCCGUUUUCUUCUUUUUUUUGUUCUGUAUCACAGCGCAACACUCACUUAAGAUUUUUGUUUUUCUGAGGCCAAACAUGUUUGAACUGUUUUUUUUUUUUUGAUGUGGACAAUCAAUUGCUCUCCUUCAUGUUUGUCUUUCCAAACAAAUCAUGAACAUUAAAUUGCUCUUGCCACUCGA